UCUACUUUGUUGUUAUUUCCCCCCCAAAUGUUGGGGUUUUAAACUUGAAGUGACGCCAUGAACAUCCCGGUGGUGGACUUCGGCGCGUGCAGCCUCGACGUGGAAGAUAUUACCCGCGCGGAUCUGCACAAACUGAGCACGCAGUUAGAAAAUGCUUUCACACAAGUGGGAUUUGUCUUUCUGCAGAAUACUGGCAUCACGCAGGAGGAGGUGGAUGGUGUGAUGAAUGCUUCCAUGAGGUUCUUCCUGCAGCCAGAUGACCUCAAGCAACCGUUCAGAAGGAAAACCUACCCAAACUGCGUCGUCCACGGCUGGCUACCCCUCGGGACAGAAGGGGUGGAUCCAAACAAACCAGAAGAUUUAAAAGAGUCAUUCAACUUGACUUCACUAAACCCUGACAUAAAAUGGUCAACUUCGGUGGGAUUCCGAGAGACCCAGGCGGUCUUUUUCCAACGCUGCAAAGAGCUGAGUCUGCGCAUUUUGAAGGUGAUAGCCCACAGUUUGGAUGUAGACCCCGACAUCUUCCUGAGUGCACACCGCCACAUUGAAAAUGAUGAGAACCUCACGACGAUGCGUUCGCUGUACUACCCGCCGGUGAAGAGUGAGCUCGCCAAGGAGGGUCAGCUGCGAUGUGGGGAGCAUUCGGACUAUGGGAGCAUCACCUUAUUGUUCCAGCAAUCCCAAGGACUGCAGGUGCGUGGACGUUCGGGUGAGUUCAUCCUGGUUCCGUGCAUCCCCGGGACCGUUCUCCUCAAUAUCGCCGACAUGAUGCAGCGUUGGACUAGCGACCGCUUUGUUUCUGCGGUCCACAGAGUUUUGCUGCCCUCCGCCGAUGACUCCAGUCCACGCCAGUCCCUGGUUUUCUUCCUCAUGCCGGACGACGACGCUGUGAUCUCCUGCCUCGACGGGUCAAACAAGUACCCACCGGUCCGGGCCGGAGACUACUUUACAGAGCGCUUGAGCUACAUCUACGUCGAUGACGAUUUGCCGUGUCGUAUUGGAUCUCAGUAGGAAAGCAAUCGAAAUUAAAACCAUUUUUUCCAUUCGGAAAUCAUGGAACACUGUUACCUUCAUUUAACUUUUUCUCAAAAAUAUACAACUUGUUUUCUUGAAAUUACUUAAAAUCUUCAACUAUCACUUUUUAAAUCUCUUUAAAAUAUAUUUUUUCCUAAAAUAUACAACAUCGAUCCAUCCAUUUUCCAUACCGCUUAUCCUCACUAGGGUCGCGGUUGUCAGGUUCAAGACACCUAGAACAUUUGUAAAAACAAGACAGACACAGAGGCAGUUCAGUUUUCAGACUUGCGAGGAGGACGGACAAGAGUGCACUUAGUUACAAUCUCCAACCCGUUCUAAGUUCACUCUGCCGAACCCUCUCUUUUUAUUUCCUCAGGGCAGUUCCCUUGUUACACAUGAGUUACAACGUCUAAAAGGUGGGGGCAUACAUGCUUGUUGCAACUCAUGUGAUCAGCACAUAACACUCUUUGUUGUGGUCGAGACAGUAGAAGAUUUAUAUGCGUCUUAUCAAGAAACGGGAAACUCCUCGGCUCAAGUUUGUCCUUGCACCUACAAGCACAUGACUCAUCCUGUGGGAAAAAGCUUUGCACGCAGUGAUAAAACGUUUCUCUAACUCGAAGUAAGCAGAAAAGCACAACACAUGAUAACUUUCACAUGAUAAUUUUUCCAUCAGCGGGUGUGCCGGAGCCAUCCCAGCUGACUCUGGGCGAGAGGUGUGGUACACCCUGAACUGGUCGCCAAACAAUCGCAGGGCACAGAUAAACAAACAACCAUUCACACUCACAUUCACACCUACGGGCAAUUUAGAGUCUUCAAUUAACCUACCUGCAUGUUUUUUUUGGAAUGAGGGACGAAACCGGAGCACCUUGAGAAAACCCACGCAGGCGCGAUUAGAACAUGCGAACGCCUCACAGGCGAGGCCGGAUUUGAACCCGGGGGCCUCAGAACUGUGAGCCAGAUGUGCUAACCAGUCGGUCAACAUGGUGCCAAAAUAUACAACAUUUUUCAUGAAAAUAUACA